AGGUUCAUCAUUUUCUUCGUGAUCGUUAGCACUGACUUAAUGCGCCUACUAGCAACGUUUAACGCGUCAAGGUUCUCAUGUCCUCAACGCACAUCUCCAUCAGUCGGGCUGAGACGAGUCCUCGCUUCCCGUGCUAAUAGCUCUACAACCGAUGCACGAACAGUCAACCAUAGUAUAUCCUUACUCGACUCUAUAAUGGGGUCUUCAUCAACCCUCGACUUGAAAACUUCGUCAUUAUCAAAUAUAUUAUCUCCUCCCACACCCCCAACCCAGAAAAUGCUCAUUCCGCCAGUAUCUGAUCCCCUUCUUCAUUUCCUCGCAUCUAUCCUACUUAAUCACGGAAAACGGGCAAGGGCAGAGCGCAUCGUUUCCCGCACUCUUCUUUAUAUUCACGCUCUUACCCGCGCGCCGCCGCUGCCUAUCCUCCGACAUGCUCUCAUCACCGCUUCCCCCGCUGUCAAGUGUAUCUCACAGAAACGCUCAGGAAAGAGCGUCGUGAGACCUGCCGCGCUUACAGAAAAACAGCGCGUAAGAGCAGGCAUUCACGCUGUAUUGUCCGCCAGCAAAAACAAGAGUGGCAAGACGGUGGAGGAACGUUUAGCCCGAGAGAUAAUUGCUGUCGUCAACGGAGACAGCAAAGCUAUCGCUGACAAGGAGCUGGCUCAUAAACAGGCUAUGGUCAAUAGGGGAAACGCACUCGUAAGAUGAGGACGAAACCUAGAAAAUAGUGGCAAAAUCCGCGUGUAAAGACUUUCUGCUGAAGCGCGAAAUACAUGGAUUAAUGUUCUCGCUCACCCAGUAACAAUAUAUUGACCCUCGCUCGCUGAGCGAAUACCGUCGUUCUUCACAAGUAGGGCAACCGCUAGCCAUCAGGUGAACAACAAUAUAUAUUUAUUCUCGCUCACAAAACGACAUACAUUUAUUCUCUGUAAGUUACUCGGUAAACAAGCCAUCGUUCUCUGGAAGGUACUCGCUUUCACUCUUGGCUUCAAAAUUAUGGACCUUAAAUUACACAU